GAGCGGUGACGCGCCCGUUGCGUCGCCAAUGGAUGUUUGUUAAGAGCGAGGAGGAAGCCAGCGGGGAUUAACGACGGUUCCGUCGGGCUGGCGAUAACAGUAAUGGAGUAUCUUAGGCCUUCUAAGAAGACUCACAAUUCCUCUCAACGGGAAGAAAGUGAAGAUGAUAUUGAAUUUGUUAGUGAAGGUGUAUCGAGACCUGUCCUAGAAUGCAUUGAUCUUCGUAAUGAAGAGGAACUUGAUAUAUCUUCUGAAAAAAACGUAAGACACAAAGAUCUUGUCGAUUAUCAGAAAGCGAAAGUGGCUUCGACCCUAGAUCGCUUGGCACGCCACGUAGAAGUAGAGAAACAGCUGAAGGAAGAGAAAAACAAAUCUUUCAAGGAAAAAAUGGAUUCACAACAUGCUCAUGGACUGCAAGAACUGGAAUUUAUCCGGGGACAUAGUGACACAGAAGCAGCAAGAUUGUGUGUGAAUCAGUGGCUCAAAAUGCCAGGUCUCAAGCCAGGCAUUGUAAACUCAGGAAGAAGAAUAUUAUCUCAAAAAUUGUAUCAGAUUCCAUCUACCAGCAAAUCCAUUGUAUGUCCCAUAAUGCAGUGUAAUAGAAAGUUUGACAAUGGGCAUUUACUGCUGGGUCAUCUUAAAAGGUUUGAUCAUUCCCCAUGUGAUCCCACAGUUACUCUACAUGGACCGCCAGCUAAUAUGUUUGCCUGCAUAGUCUGUGGCAAGAGAUUUGCAAGUGAUCAGCAAUAUCAUGCACACCUUUCGUCUAAGGUUGGUGAAAAUGAUGGCCACGAGAGAAAUUACCCCCCUCAGCUUAUUCACUGCUUUGCGUGUCCUUGCUGUUUCCUCCUCUUUAGCGUAAGAGAUGGAUGUCUGCAGCAUAUGUCUGGGAAAAAUUUUUCUCAGGCUUUUAAAUUGAACGAUAAACCAGGGAACCCACUUCCGUUGCCUUUGCCAGCCUAUGCAAAGAAUCUCCUAACCGCCUUAUGCAAAGAAGUUCCCUUCCAAGUACAAUGCACAACCUGUCAUCAGGUAUUGCAGUCCCACAUAGAGCUCACCGCACACUUCAGAAUCCAUUGUCGUAAUGCUGGCCCCGUGGCUGUCUCGAAGAAGUGCAUCUCUGAAAUUGCAGGAAUACUGAAAGCUAAAGGUUUCUGUCAAGGUUGUGACACGUUGUUUGUCACUGAUGACCAAAUUAUUCACCAUCGUUGCAGAAAUGUUGCCAAGAUUAAACGUAUCACCACAAUGGAAGAAUCCAUAUUAUUAUUUUGUCACACCAAUGAACGGAAUAAAAGAGCCCCUCACCUGCAAAAUAACGCAAGCCUUUUGACUUCUCUGAAGAGACAUUUGGAAUUGAACGGCGAGAAGAAUGAAACCAUUUCAAAAUGGAAAAAGGAUUUGCGAGGCGGUAGCGAAGCCAUUCACAGAGCUCCCACGGUCAAAAGCUGGUGCCAGUGUGAUCUGGCCUUUCCUUCUGAAGAGUUGGCAGAAAAGCACAUUUUUUCUGAAAACAGGAUCUGCUACAAGUGCAGCGUAUGUGGGAAACUUGCAGAAAAUCCGAGCAUUAUCCGCUUGCACAUGAGCCGUUUCCACGGGGGAGCACAUUUGACUAACUUCAUCUUCUCAUGCCAGAUUUGCAAUGUAGCUCUUCAGAAAGAGGAAGAUGUCCUUAUCCACGUAACAGGACUUCAUGAUGGACAUAACUUCUAUUUUGAGAAGGUCACUGCUGAAGGGGAGCUAACAAUACCUUCCAAUUCACAGUACGGCCCUUGUACUAAACAAGAAGGCCAAACUUCAAGCCUCCUUGAACUUUCUCCAGAGCAGACUCAGAUGGAGGUUGAUGAGAGUCCUCCCCAGUGGCAAUGUAAGAUAUGUGAGGAAAUAUUUAACUCCGAGGACAGCGUGAAACAACAUUGCAAAUCGCUCGAGAGUCAUCAUCAUCACAGGUACAGUUGCGGCUUGUGCAAAAUGACUUUUCGGAAAAUGGAAACACUGCAGCGACACUGCCAGGGAAAACACAACAACGUUGUACAGAUGAAAUACUUCUGUGGGUUUUGCGGCGACCUCUUCUUUGACGUUGAGGAGGAAUUUUUACUUCACUUCAAGUGCAUGCAUAGCAUGGAUUACGUGUGUGUGUCCGAGGCAGCAGAAACCUCAAUCAAAAAUGAAGAAAUCCUAGAAGAAGGUAGCCUUCUAAACUGUGGUUGUCGUGAGAAAUAUGUUUGCAAAAAAAACAGGAAGCUUGACCACAAAUGCCAAGAAGCCAUGUUGGAAAAAGGAAACAUCUGGUUUCGUUGCACUUCAUGCUCUGCUACAACGCAAACCUAUUCUGAUAUGGUGGCUCAUAUCACGAGCCACCCGAGCGAACAAACGGCUCAAGAUUUCGUUGUAGUCCGAUGUGGCUCAUGUAACAAACAUUUUAAUAGUAUCGCUAUUGCACAUCAGCACUUCCAUGAUAAACACUGUUUUUUACAAAAGCCUCAAAUAUCUUUUGGGCCGCAAGCAGAAAAUAAUGUCUUCCACUUCUCUGCUGUGAGCUCCUGUUCAGAGGAUGUAACUUCAACACGUUCUUCAGAUGUAAAAGGCUGGACGAUGCAAAGAAAGAACGAGAGAGGAAGCAUUCUGAAUCAAGUGAACAAGAUGAAGGCAAUCUUCCUGACCUGGAUUACUUAUGCACCAUGACUCAUAUUGUUAAUGAUGGAUUUAGAUAACUGGGGAGCUUUUUUGGAUCAACUGCCUGCAACCCUCAAUCAAGGGAACUUUGUUUGGGGCUUU